AUGACUGCUGAGUCAAUUCAUUUGGCUCGAAUUACGGCUUAUUUAGCCGAAACUAAAUUGAAAGCGACUCUAGAAGCCGAUUUAGAUGAAAAUAUGGCUUUAGAGGCCAUGCUCACCAACGAAGGUACUCAAUCUAACAAAAAAUUAGAUUCUGAGUUUGAAAGGUUUGAUGGGAUUUAUGAUGACGAACCCUUUGGGUUCGAAAAGGAUCCAGACGAACCUCAUAGAAGGAUCAAAGCUCAAGAUCCUCUCGAGGAGAUCGACUUGGGUGAAAAUUCACUUCGACGACCAACUUAUAUGCCUGGUUUGAGUCGAACUGUGGUAAAACAUCAAUUGCCAUUAAAAUUGGGACAAAAGCCAGUAAAACAAGCUCCAAGAAGAUUCGCCCCAGAAGUCAUGGCGAAAAUCAAAGUAGAGAUUGAACGACUUUUAAAAAGCAAGUUCAUUCAAACUGCAAGGUAUGUCGAAUGGUUAGCUAAUAUAGUACCUGUCAUUAAGAAAAAUGGGACACUUCGUGUGUGUAUAGAUUUCAGGGAUCUGAAUCGUGCUACUCCCAAAGAUGAAUAUCCCAUGCCUGUGGCUGAAAUGUUAGUUGACUCAGCUGUAGGUUUGAAGUAUUUGAGUAUGUUAGAUGGUUAUUCAGGAUAUAACCAAAUUUUUAUUGCUGAAGAGGACAUACCUAAAACAGCAUUUAGAUGCCCAGGUGCUUUAGGUACUUAUGAAUGGGUGGUGAUGCCGUUUGGUUUAAAAAAUGCUGGGGAUUUCCUUGGUUUCGUGGUGCAUAAAAAAGGCAUUGAGAUAAACAAAAAUAAGACCAAGGCAAUUUUGGAGUUGCAAGCGCCAGACACAAAAAAGCAGUUGCAAUCAUUGUUGGGGAAAGUUAAUUUCUUGAGGAGAUUUAUCUCAAAUCUGAGUGGAAAGACGAAGCUCUUUUCGUCGUUGCUCAAACUCAAGAAUAAUGAUGUAUUCAAAUGGGAAGAGGAACAUCAACAUGCGUUUGAUCAAAUCAAGGCUUACUUGACGAAGCCUCCUAUUUUAAUACCCCCAAAUAGAACUAAGAGCAUGAAAUUGUACAUAGCUGUAUCUGAUUCGAUAAUAGGGAGCAUGUUAGCCCAAAAAGAUGAUCAUGGCGUCGAAAGAGCUAUUUAUUAUCUAAGUCGAAUUUUAGUGGAUGCAGAAACUAGAUAUUCUGAUAUUGAAAAGCUAUGUUUAUGUUUGUACUACUCAUGUAAUAAGUUAAAGCAAUAUAUGAAGCCUGUUGAUGUGUAUGUCUCGUCUCAUUUCGAUAUUAUUAAGCAUAUGUUAUCUAAACCUAUUUUGCAUAGCAGAAUUGGUAAAUGGGCGCUAGCUUUAACUGAAUUCUCUUUAACAUAUGUUCCUUUGAAAGCUAUGAAAGGACAGAUAGUAGCUGAUUUCAUAGUUGAUCAAGGAUUGACCGAUGUAUCAAUAAAUAUGGUCACUCAGACUACGUGGCAGUUAUAUUUUGAUGGUUCUAGUCAUAGAAAUGGGUCAGGUAUAGGGGUUUUGAUUAUAUCUCCCCAGGGAAUACCUUCGACAUUUAAGUACAAAAUUAGUGAAGCUUGUUCUAAUAAUGAGGUAGAAUAUGAAGCUUUGAUUACAGGAUUGAGAGCUCUUUUGGACUUAGGGGCUACUGAAGUCCAAAUAAAAGGGGACUCUGAGCUUGUUAUUCGACAGAUUACAAAAGAGUAUAAAUGUAUUAAAGAAAAUUUAAUCAUUUACUAUGCUUUAGUAAUCUUGUUAUUGGAUAAAUUUCAUGUGGUGCAUAUAAAUCAUGUGCCUAGGAUUGAAAACAGUGGAGCAAAUAAGCUAGCACAAAUUUCAUCAGGAUAUAGAGUUUCUAAAUAUCGACUGGGGGAGUUAAUUGAAAUCAAAGAAAAAGAAGUCGAACGUCACUACCCUGCUUUGUCAAUAGCAAAAAUUAGGGGGAAAUGUGAAAGGAAAAACGAAGGUUUGGAAACUCAUGAAAGUGGUGAAAUUUUUGAAUUUGAAAUUUUUGCCAUUGACAAUAUGACACAUGCUGAUUGGCGAAAACCAUUGAUACAGUAUUUAAACAUUCCAGUUGGGGUGACUGAUCGGAAGAUUAAGUAUAGGGCUUUGAGUUAUGUCAUGUUGGGAAAUGAACUAUAUAAGAAGACAGCUGAAGGUGUUUUAAUGAAAUGUUUAAGUGAAGCUGAAGCAUUUAUAGUUGUACCCGAAGUACAUAGUGGUGCUUGUGGAGCACACCAAUCAGGACAUAAGAUGAAAUGGCUUUUGUUUCGACGAGGGUUAUACUGGCCAUCAAUGUUAAAAGAUUGUAUUGAAUUUGCAAAAGGGUUCCAAGAAUGCCAGAAGUUUUCAGGUAUUCAACAUGUACCUGCCAGUGAAUUACAUGCAAUAGUGAAACCUUGGCCGUUUCGAGGUUGGGCUUUAGAUUUAAUAGGAGAAAUAAAAUCUGCUUCUUCUAAACAGCAAAAGUAUAUUUUGGUUGGGAUAGAUUAUUUUACGAAAUGGAUAGAGGUUAUUCCAUUGGUGAGUGUUAAUCAAGAAAGUGUGAUUGAUUUCAUACAAAAAUUUAUAAUUUUUAGGUAUGGGAUACCUGUUUACGGUGAUUUCCGGUAA